UCGCCUCUUCCUCACAAAGAGUAGAGUUGUGUUCACGUGUGGUUGUGUCUCCUUUUUCCACAAAAAUAGGUCACACAACCCACCUUCGUUAUCGUGAAAUAACUCUUCUAUAAAAAAAAUAACUAAAUAAAAAAAAAGUAAAAAUCCAAAAAAAUAUUAAAAUAAUAAAAAAAAAUCAACCAAAAAAAUCGCAAAAUCGUAGCCGAGAAAAUCCGCGCGAGAGUAACCUGCGUAAGUAAAAAAACAAAAAGAAAACGACAAACGAAAAAGAAAGAAGAAUCUUUUAAGUUUUUCUCUUCAAAGGAAGAAAGUUUUCGUGUUUUUUCAACCCGCGUGGCCAAGUGACGCGCGCGAGACACAUCAACGAGAAGAGAAGUAUCAAGUCAACGUUCACUUUUUUCUCUUCCUCUACACACACAGACACGAGACAUAGAUACACGCGUUACAAGCAAAAAAAGUUAUAAAAAAAAGGAAACGAGGCAAAAUCAACAAAAAAAAAGAUAAAUAAAGUAACAUAAUAAUAAAAAAAAGAAGCAAGUGCACAACAUGAAUCCUGGAGCGCCGAACUACCCCAUGGCCUCGCUUUACGUGGGCGACCUUCAUUCGGACAUUACAGAAGCCAUGUUAUUUGAGAAAUUCUCAUCGGCGGGUCCUGUAUUGUCCAUCCGCGUUUGUCGUGAUGCCGUUACCCGACGCUCUCUUGGCUACGCCUACGUCAACUUCCAGCAGCCUGCCGAUGCUGAAAGAGCACUUGACACCAUGAACUUUGACAUGAUAAAGGGACGUCCAAUUCGUAUCAUGUGGUCGCAACGUGAUCCAUCUCUGCGACGCUCUGGAGUUGGAAAUGUCUUUAUCAAGAACUUGGACAAAAACAUUGACAAUAAAGCCAUGUAUGAUACUUUCUCGGCUUUUGGAAAUAUUUUGAGUUGCAAGGUCGCCCAGGAUGAGACAGGCUCCUCUAAGGGUUAUGGAUUUGUGCACUUUGAAACUGAAGAAGCUGCUAAUAAAUCUAUUGACAAGGUCAACGGAAUGUUGCUGAAUGGCAAAAAGGUAUAUGUAGGCAAGUUCAUCUCGCGCAAAGAACGCGAAAAGGAGUUGGGUGAAAAGGCCAAGUUAUUCACAAAUGUGUACGUAAAGAACUUUGGUGAAGACAUGUCGGAUGAAAAGCUCAAGGACAUGUUCGAGAAGUAUGGUACAAUUACCAGUCACAAAGUGAUGAGUAAAGAUGAUGGCAAAUCACGUGGCUUUGGGUUUGUUGCCUUCGAGGAUCCAUCGGCUGCUGAUCGCGCAGUUGCUGAUCUCAAUGGCAAAGAAUUGUCCGAUGGAAAGAUUCUUUAUGUUGGUCGUGCACAGAAGAAGGCUGAACGUCAACAGGAACUCAAACGCAAAUUUGAACAACUGAAGAUUGAAAGGCUCAACAGAUACCAAGGGGUGAACUUAUACGUUAAGAAUUUAGACGAUACCAUUGACGACGAACGCUUGAGGAAGGAGUUCGCUCCAUUCGGAACAAUCACCUCUGUCAAGGUAAUGAUGGAAGAUGGACGCAGCAAGGGUUUCGGCUUCGUUUGUUUCUCCCUUCCAGAAGAAGCAACCAAAGCUGUCACAGAGAUGAACGGUCGCAUCGUCGGCUCGAAGCCAUUAUACGUGGCACUGGCUCAACGCAAGGAAGAUCGUAAAGCGCAUUUGGCGUCGCAAUACCUACAACGGGUGGCUAAUAUUCGCAUGCAGCACAUGGGCCAGGUGUUCCAGGCAGGCGGUGCUGGAAGUUACUUCGUGCCGACGUUGCCGCAACCGCAACGAUUCUAUGGACCAGCACAGAUGACGCAGAUACGUACAACACCAAGGUGGCCAGCGCAACCGGUUAGACCAAAUGCACAAAUCGGUAGCUCUGGCUUCGCUGGUACGCAGGCACCAUUCAGAGCUGCACCCAGAGCUCCAGCAGCUCAAUCUAGCGCUAUGCGCAAUCCACUUUCUGCUAGACCCAUAACAGCUGGCCAACAAGCAGUGGCAGGAGCUGCGAACAUGCAGAAUCGAACGAUGGCUGGACCUGCAGUGGGCGUGACACCUCAGACACGUCCCUCGAACUACAAGUACACGCCAAACAUGCGUAAUCCACCACAGCAGAUGCCAAUCACAGCUCAGCCACCAACUCAGCAAGCUGUGCAUAUUCAGGGUCAGGAGCCGUUAACAGCAUCCAUGUUGGCUGCAGCUCAGCCUCAAGAGCAGAAGCAGAUGUUGGGUGAACGAUUGUUCCCCUUGAUACAAUGUAUGUAUCCCAAUCUAACCGGUAAGAUUACCGGUAUGUUAUUGGAAAUCGACAACAGCGAGUUGCUUCACAUGCUUGAGCAUCACGAGUCGCUCAAGGCUAAAGUGGAGGAAGCCGUUGCUGUACUUCAAGCUCACCAGGCCAAGAAUGCUGUUGCUGCCAAGAAAGAGUAAAAACCUCCCACGUCCAAUCUGCUGCUUGUUUUUCUGGAAGAUGCUGCGGAUUAUGAUAAUCAAUUUCGCGUCUUUUCUUUUUUUCGAUUAUCAAUUGUGAGACUUUGCCUUUUUUUUCGAAGUUAUUUUUUUUCUUUGUCAUUCGUUUCGCGUUUUUAUUAUUAAUAAUUCAAUUAUAAGUUUCUUUUUUUCUCUUCCGUUUACUUUCGAUGUCUUAUCAUUGUCAAUUAAACGAUAUAUUUGUCUUUUUUGGUGGAGAAAGAGAAUAAAAAUUUUUUUUCGAUUUCA